AUGAGCGUUGCAUUCACACCGUUUCCUCUCACUCUCCCUUCAAUUUCCACUUCCACCCACAGUCGCACCUUUGUUGUUACUCCAUACAGAACCCGUAACAUUCGCAUCACGAUAAAAUGCGUGAAGGUAGAAGAUGCAGACACUGAAUCAUCAGAAGCAACUAUAAUGUGUGAAGCUUGUAAUGGAAGAGGAUGGGUAGUUUGUGACUUUUGUGAAGGCCAGAAAACUAAUGUCAGAGCACAGAACAACCGUAUAUACCGUCGAUGUCCCUCCUGCAAAGCCGUUGGGUAUGUACUGUGUGCGAAGUGUAAGGUGUUCAAAUGUGUUACUUUUCCUGAUUUUAAUGAUUCUCAGAUUAGUUAA